AAUGUCAAAAUCUGUCAAUGUCAGCAUCUAAUCGAAAACAUCAAGGUCACAAUUGCGCGCAUGUUUUAUGCGAUAAAGUUAUUCAAUUAAAAUAUUUCUAUUCAGUCUUCGUAUACAUUUCAUGUGGGAUCGACUCAUUCGUCCACUGAGUAGUUAUAUAAAAAAAAUGGUUCCUGAAGUUGUUUUCGUUUUGGGUGCUCCUGGAGCCGGCAAGGGCACACAGUGUUCAUUUAUUUCGAAGGAAUUCGAUUUCGUGCAUCUUUCCGCUGGUGAUCUAUUGCGUGAGGAGCGGCAAAGGCCCGGUUCGGAAUAUGGCGAGAUGAUUGAAGAAAAGAUCCGAAACGGUGAGAUCGUACCGGUUGAGGUUACGUGUUCGUUAAUACAUAAGGCUAUGACGAAGUCUGGAAAGACGCGGUUUCUUAUUGAUGGUUUUCCACGAAAUAAAGACAAUUUAGAUGGCUGGGAGCGUGUGAUGUCUGAUAAAACGAAACUUCUUUUCGUAUUGUUUUUCGAGUGUUCCCGAGAUUUAUGUACGGAAAGGUGUCUGGGACGAGGCGCGGCUGGCAGCGGCCGCUCUGACGACAAUCUGGAGAGUCUGAAGAAGAGAUUUAACACUUAUUUGAAUGACACCAUGCCGAUUAUUAACCAUUAUGAUCAACUGGGUUUAGUUCGCAGAGUAAAUGCGGAAAAAGGCCCACAGGAUGUAUUCGAAGAUGUCAAGAAGUGCUUCAAUUCACUUGAUGUACAGAGUAUAGAAAUUAAGUAAUUCAUGUGUCAAAUCAAUGUUUAGAAUGUGUGGCAUUGUGUGUGUCUUAAAUAACAACAGAUAGUAGCUAAAUUUUCCUCCAAAGAAAUAUUCAUAGGAAUGUAAAUGUGGGUUUACAUUAGAGUUUACUGAAGCAGCUGUAGAGCUUAACUAUGUGUAAUAACAGAAUGCAUUUUAGCAAGGUUGAGAAGUCUCAUUUGCCUGGUUUAUAACCUUCAUUGUAAUUGCAUUUAAAUUACAUUGUCUUAAAGGUCAUUUUGUAAAAGGUCAUUUGUAUUUUGCCCCUAUACAUAAAACUCUAACUUAAAUUAUUAAAUACUGCACUAGAAUCACUUAUCUCUUUAUAUGAAUGACAUCAUUUGAUUAGAAAUGAUAACCAUUAGAGAUUGUGAAAUUGAAACUGAUGCCAUGUAAUUGAUACCAAUUUGAAAUAGUAACUUUCAAGCGGCAAAAAGGGGUAUACUAAAAAUGACUGUAUAUCUGUAUAACUCUGCUAUUUACUAUUUUCUUUUGCUGUUUAUAUUUUUUAAUUUAUACAAAAUGUAUGAUAUGUAAAUAAAGAUUUAAGUUGUACUGUUCA